GAGUCAGAGGAACAUUUUAUCAUUUUCAAUAUUAAAAAAGAAAAAAAUAGAAAGAAAAGAAAAAGCAUUCUUCUUUUUUCUUUCAUUGUUUUUGUUUUUGUUUUUUAGCUUGUCAUUGUUUAAGGUGAUGUUUGACGAGAUCAUCAUCAAACGAUCAUCACACCGUUCGUUCAUAAAUUCAUUCAUAAAAAUCAAAAUCAAAAACAGAUUAAAAAUUUAAAAAAGGAAAUUAAAAAGGAAUAAUUAUGAAAGGUGGUGGUAGAGUUAUAGUAGUCAAGAGCAACAACUGUUGUUGUUGUUGUUGUUCUUUUAUUGUUUUUGUUUAUCAAUUAUUAUUAUUAUUACUACUUUUCUUAUUCUUAUUAUCAUCAUUUUUGUUUUUCUUGUUCUUUUUUUGUUCUUCUUCGGUGUUCUAUCUUUUCAACAAUUUAACUUCCACCGUUGAUAAUUGCUUUUUUCAUUUUCAAUAUUUUCAUUUUCCAUUUCCUUGACUUUCACGAAAAUUUUGUUGCUAAAAUCAACACAAUUUUAAAAUGAGAAAACUAAAUAAAAACUGAAUCUUUUAGGUUACCCAAAUCAUUAUUGUGCUUUUGUUGUUUCUUCUUCGCGUUCUUCUUUUGUGGGUUGUGGAAUCUAGGGUUAGAAAAAGGGGGAAAAUUUGAUCUUGAUCAUCGAUGGAUGCUGAAGAAGCAGAGAACAAUACCCAGAAGGGUGAUGAUGGGGGUGAAAAUAGCAAUGAGAAUUACAAUAUCAACAAUAACAAUGGAAGUAAUAGCAAAAUUAUGAGUUCAAGUGAAGGUCAGAGCAAGCCCAAGCGUCAGAUGAAAACCCCUUUUCAGCUUGAAAUGUUAGAGAAAGCUUAUGCUUUGGAGACUUACCCUUCGGAGAGUACGAGGGUAGAGCUGUCGGAGAAGUUGGGGUUGUCGGAUCGACAGUUACAGAUGUGGUUCUGUCAUCGGAGGUUGAAAGACAAGAAGGAGUUACCAACUAAGAAGCCAAAAAAGGUGCCACCUUUGCCGGAUUCUCCUACUGAUGAACCUAACCCCAAGUUGGUUAUUGAGCCCUUAAAUGAAUAUGGAUCCGGGUCGGGUUCUGGGUCUAGUCCGUUUGCUCGACCGGAGUUGAGGAAUGUUGUGCCUCCUCGGACUUACUAUGAGUCGCCGCAGACUAUAAUGGAGCUUAGAGCAAUUGCUUGUGUGGAAGCACAGUUAGGAGAGUCUUUAAGGGAAGAUGGACCUAUUUUAGGAAUUGAGUUUGAUCCAUUGCCACCUGAUGCAUUUGGGGCACCAUUAGCUGUUGCAGAACAGCAGAAGCGGCCUAGUCUUGCCUACGACAAUAAAAUAUAUGAAAGACAUGAAGUUAGACCGAAUAAGGCAAUGGCAAGGACAUUCCCUGAAUAUACAUUUGUUCCGAACCAGUCCAGCAUUAGAUCUGAUACGUUUGGGCAAUUGAGUCAGCCUCAUUUAUAUGACCCAAUGGAGGGUCCUACUAGAACUCCUCCUUUUCCGAUUGGAAAUGAACAUCUACCUAGAACUCAUGCUACUCAAAGCCAUUCUUCCCGUGCUCGCCUUUCGUCUCAACAGGAAAAACACAUGACUCCCUAUACUUCCCCUCCCCCGCUUUUGUCUCAACAUGACAAAAAAGUGAUUCCCUAUCCAUCUCCUCCUCGAGACAAUGAUGUUGUCCCCAAAAGGGAACCUCACAUAAACAUAGCCAAUAUUGGUAUGAACUCCCAAUUCACUGAUCACCAAAUCGUUGGACAAGAAAAUUCUUUAGCUUUACCUGGUGGACAAGUUUUCCAUAAUGAUGUGGUGCUGCGUGUGGAGAAGAAACGAAAGAGUGACGAUGUCAGAGUUGCAAAGGAAGUUGAAGCCUAUGAAAUAAGGAUGAAGAAAGAACUUGAGAAACAAGAUAUCCUAAGAAGAAAGAAUGAAGAGCGAAUGAGGAAAGAAAUGGAAAGACAAGAUCGUGAGAGAAGGAAGGAAGAAGAGAGGCUGAUGCGUGAGAGACAGCGAGAAGAGGAAAGAUCAAGGCGUGAGCAAAAGCGGGAGGAAGAACGAAGGGAAAAAUAUUUGAUGAAAGAACAUUUAAGAGCUGAGAAAAGGAAGCAGAAAGAAGAGAUUCGCAAAGAGAAAGAGGCAGAGAGAAGGAAAGCGGCCCUUGAAAAGGCAAAUGCUCGUAGAAUAGCGAAAGAAUCUAUGGAGCUCCUUGAGGAUGAACAGCUGGAAUUGAUGGAGUUGGCUGCAGCAAGCAAGGGGCUGUCCUCUAUUAUCCAAAUUGAUCUUGAUACUUUGCAAAACCUUGAAUCAUUUAGGGAUUCCUUGUGUGUUUUCCCGCCAAAAAGUGUAAAGCUAAAAAAGCCAUUUGCUAUCCAGCCCUGGAUCAACUCCGAUCAAGAUGUUGGCAACCUUCUCAUGGUUUGGAGAUUCUUAAUUACCUUUGCUGAUGUUCUAGAGUUAUGGCCUUUUACUCUUGAUGAAUUUGUUCAAGAAUUUCAUGAUUAUGAUUCAAGAUUGUUGUGUGAGAUACAUGUUGCUGUUCUUAAAGUGAUAAUAAAAGACAUUGAAGAUGUUGCAAGGACACCUACAGGAUUAGGAGUGAACCAGAAUGGAGCUGCUAAUCCUGCUGGUGGCCAUCCAGAGAUUGUGGAAGGAGCAUAUACAUGGGGCUUUGACAUACGAAAUUGGCAGAAGAACUUAAAUCAAUUGACAUGGCCUGAAAUUUUGCGACAGUUAGCACUAUCUGCAGGAUUUGGACCAAAGCUGAGAAAAAGAAGUAUUACGUGGUCAUAUGCAAAUGAUAAAGAAGAGGGACGAAGUGGUGAAGAUGUCAUUUCUACACUCCGUAAUGGUUCAGCAGCUGUAAGUGCAGUGGCAAAAAUGCAAGAGAAAGGUCUAUUAGCUCCUCGAAGAUCAAGACAUAGGUUAACUCCAGGAACCGUUAAAUUUGCAGCAUUUCAUGUUCUCUCUCUUGAGGGCAGCAAGGGUUUGAAUGUACUAGAUCUUGCAGAAAAGAUUCAGAAAUCUGGUCUUCGGGACUUGACAACAAGCAAGACACCUGAAGCAUCGAUUUCGGUUGCUUUGACUAGAGAUGGCAAACUUUUCGAAAGAAUAGCUCCAUCAACAUAUCGUGUACGAACUGCAUUUAGAAAGGAUCCUGUUGAUGCUGAGGCCAUUCUUUCAGAAGCAAGAAAGAAAAUCCAGAUAUUUGAAAAUGGAUUUCUAGCUGGUGAAGAUGCCGAUGAUGUUGAAAGAGAAGAAGAGUCAGAAAGUGAGGAAGUUGAUGAGGAUCCUGAAGACGAUGAUUUGGUAAAUCCUUCAAGUGGAAACCAAAAUACAGAACAGUAUCAUGAUAUGAACGUUUCUUCAGUAAAUGUGACCGAAAAUUCGGGCCAUGAAGUAGACCUUAUUCAAAAUGAGCUUGAUACCGAUCUGCCUUGUUUUCUUGAGAAUGGUUCCACUUCCAAGGAUGUUGAUCUUCCCAGUUCUGUCACCAUACAACCCGUUGCUUUUGAAGAUCUAAAUACUGGAAAACUUGAUGACAAUAAUAUGGAAAUUGAUGAAACCAAGUCUGGAGAAUCAUGGGUUCAAGGGCUUACCGAAGGAGAAUAUUCCGAUCUUAGUGUAGAAGAGCGUCUAAAUGCACUUGUUGCAUUGGUUGGGGUGGCAAAUGAAGGAAAUUCAGUUCGUCUUGUUCUUGAGGAUCGAUUGGAAGCAGCAAAUGCUCUGAAAAAGCAAAUGUGGGCAGAAGCACAAAUAGAUAAAGUUCGUCUAAAAGAUGAUUAUAUUAGUAAAUUAGAUUUCCCACUGCUUGCUGGAAAUAAAACUGAAACACAAGAGGGAAACCAAAGCCCAUUGCUCGACAUCAAUAUUAACAACAUUAAGAAUGAAGCUUCACCCAGCACUGCAGAAAACCAAAAAGGAGCUUCUUCUGCACAAAGCCUACUUAUUGAAAAGCCAUCAACAGUUCAAGAUUUCGGCACAGGCACAGGUCCUGAUACCUUUCAGAGUCAGGUAGCUGCACAAUAUUCAAAAAGAUCACGAUCACAGUUGAAAUCCUAUAUUUCCCACCUAGCCGAGGAGAUGUAUGUCUACAGAUCUUUACCCCUUGGCCAAGACCGCAGGCGUAAUCGAUAUUGGCAAUUUGUUGCAUCUGCUUCUAGUAAUGAUCCCGGUUCUGGCAGGAUCUUCGUUGAACAUCAUGAUGGCAGUUGGAGACUUAUCGAUUCUGAAGAGGACUUUGAUAUUCUUUUGACAUCACUGGAUUCACGCGGGAUCAGGGAAUCUCAUUUGCGCUUAAUGUUGCAAAAGAUUCAGAAAUCCUUUAAAGAAAAUGUUCUAAAAAAUACACAAUAUGCAAAAAUCGGAAGCAUAGGGGAAGGUUCUAUUAAAAUUGAAGCUAAUGAGAAAUAUUCAAUGCCUGAGCGCCAUUCAGGAUCUGACAGUCCUAGCAGUACCCUUCAUGACUUGAACUCCGGUCCAUCCGAAACUUCGUCAUCCUUCAAAAUUGAGCUUUGGAAAAGUGAGAACGAAAAGAAAGCUGCAUUGCGAAGGUAUCAAGAUUUUCAGAAGUGGAUGUGGAAAGAAUGCUAUAAUUCAUCAAUUUUAUGUGCAAUGAAAUUUGGGGUAAAGAGAUGCAAACCUCAGGUGGAUAUAUGUCAAAUCUGUCUCAAUCCUUAUUUUGUUGAAGACUCUCAUUGCAAUUCCUGCCACAGCACGUUUCCGGCAAAUAAUGGGUUUGAUAUUUCUAAGCAUGCAUUUCAAUGUGUUGGCAAUUUAUCCAAAGAUAUUGGUAUUAUGGAGCAUUCUCUUCCCAUAAGGACUAGAUUGCUCAAGGUCCUGCUGUCAUAUAUGGAGGCAUCUGUUCUCUCUGAAGCAUUUGGAACAAUUUGGACAACUGAUUUUAGGAAGCGUUGGGGUGUGAAGUUGAGUAAAUCAUCAUCUGUUGAGGAGCUUCUACAGAUGUUGACCCUAUUUGAAAAAGCACUACGGCGAGAUUUUCUGUCAUCAGACUUCUCUACAACAGACGAAUUGUUGGGAUUAAGCAGCAAGUCAAAAAGUUCUGCGCAUGUGUCUGCUGAUCCUGAAUCAGUUGCUCUACUUCCAUGGAUUCCACAAACCACUGCAGCAUUGUCUCUCAGGCUUUUUGAGUUCGAUUCAUCCAUCAUCUAUGUAAAGCUCGAAAAACUUGAGCCUGUUGAGGAAAAAGAAGCAAGAGAAUACAUUACGCUUCCAUCAAGAUAUACUCCCUUCAAGCCUAAUAGGGAGGUUGAGCCAGCAGCUCUUGAUCAUGAUGGAUUAACCAAAGUUAAAUCCUCUGCUAAAAUUGUACGAAGCAAUAAACGUGGACGAGGGGCUAGUGAUCAUGGGCGGGGUAAAAAUCUGUCUAAAAGAAUGUACAAUUCCAAACGAGAUGCUGGCCGUCGAAACGUGAAGUUCACCGAGAAUCUAAGUCAAAGACUAAAACAGCAGGGACGAGGAACACAAGGACAAGGAGGUGGACGAGGUCGCCGAACAGUCAGAAAACGUAGAGUAGAAAAAAGAGCUGUUGAAGAUUUGUUGCUGGGACAUGCAGCUGCCAGUCAUAGCUCCAUGAGUGGGAGAGAACCAUUUAGAGGUUUGCAUGAAGAAUGGGAUGAUGGAGAAAAGGCAAGUCCCAUGACUCCUGUUCACAUUGGGGUUGCUGAAAAUAGUAACAGUGCUGAAGAGAUGGAAUAUGAUAAUGCUCAAGCAAUAGAAUAUGAUGAUAAUGUUCAAGCAGUGGAAUCUUAUGAUAAUGCUCAAGCAAUGGAAUCUGAUGAUGAUGCUCAAGCAGUAGAAUAUGAUCAUGGAAACUGGGAGAUAGGUUAUAAUGGUGUCUCUCCUAAUGGAUGGAAUAGGGAUUUGGUUGGAAUGAGUGAUGAAGAUGUGGAUGGUUUUGAAGAUGGCAAUGACAACGACAAUGGCAAUGUUAUUGGCUUUGAAGAGAAUGAAGAGGAAGAUUCCGAGGAAGAUGUUAUGAGUGAAGGUUCAGAUGGCAUGGCGAAUAGAGUAGAGAAUGUAGGAGGCUCAUAUUUGUCUGUCUCUGAAGAUUCUUCUGAUUAGAACAUCCAUUUUUAAUUUGAUGAAUGUAGGGAUUUGCAUAUUAAGGCUGCAUUACAUUUUUCUUAUAGCAGUUUUACAAAUACCUCAGUUCCAGGUUGCAAAUCACACGGCUGGAAGAAUUUAUGGUUGAGUAGAUUUAGUGUAUAUUAUCCAUGCAAAUGGAUCCUUGUAUUUUUAAGCCUUAUGCUGAGAGAGGGCUUUGUAGCCAACCUCAUUUUGUUGUUGUUUUUAUCCUCCACUCCUUGUAAUAGAUACUCAUCAACUAAUAAAGUUUUAUUACCACCUUGAUUGUCUUUUCAA